CGAAAUGUCGUCUCCGAACUUCAGGGUGAGCUGCUCCACUUUUGGCUGGGCAAUGCGAAUGACCAAGUCGCUGUCGGUGAAUCCCUACUUUCUUUUCCUCGAUCAAUUCCGGAGUAAUCUUCAGAAGCGUGGCAUUCUCCAGCUGAAACCCAUUUCCAUUGCCAAAAUUGCGGGGAGAAAGUGGCGACAAAUGACGGCGGAACAGAAGUCUGUUUUUAUUGAAAUAGCUAAGAUCAAUAGCGCCAGGACAAGGAUGCGUGCUCGUCCUAGGCUUCCAGUGGGAGGAGUCAGACGGUGCCGAAUUAAAAGGGUUCCCAAGGAGAUUUUAUAA